AUGAACUCGGACGAAUUUAAAGCGGAAAAAAUGGAGGUGGAUUUAUUUGAACGGGUAUUGGGAAAGCUCACAGAAUUGAAAGGAAAACUGAAUGACCAUGCUUCAGGCUCCUCAUAUGAAAAAUCAAAGGCUCCAGGAACUAAUGCAGUUAAACCUGAGAAAGGAAAUGCGGAUGGUGAUGAGGUUUCUUAUGCAGCCGGGCAAUCAAAAUUUGUUCCAGAGAACCUUCGGUAUUACACGGUCCAUCCAAAAUUGAGCCGGUACUAUGAGCCUUUGAAGCCCACCGCACUGCAGAAAUGUGUGACUCGAAACAGGAAAAUGUUAAGCUUCAUGCUCAAAGUCGCAGAGUAUGACCAAGAUAAGACCAUACUUAUAAUGACCAACAACCCACUUCCCUCAAUAGAGCAACAAGGAAAGGACACCGAGCCACAUUACUUUUCCAAGGAGGUACUGCUCAAGGUAAUGGCACCUGCAGAAGAAAUUUAUCAGCACAAACCCAGUGAGACCUACGUACACCCGUUGCCUCAGAAAAAAAGGUUAAUACCUAAGCUGAAGCCAGUCUUCCCUGUGACGCUGUUGAAGGAUGCAAAAUCCAAACAAGAACUGUUUAGGUUUUCCACCAAGAAUGAUUUCAAGAGUGAAGGGAAGUAUUCAACCGUCUGCACUUUGAGGGAGCAGAAAAAUAUGUUCCCUCAGCUCACCUUUGCUCAAGUCGAUGGAAGAGAUAAGAAAGAUGUCUCCAAGAAGUCGGAAAGGGCCAUGCCGACCGGGAAGGAGGAUUGGGAGCCGCUAACCCUUGCAUCGCUCCUGGACAUGAAGCCCACCAAAACCGCGCCCGGGCAGAGUGCCUUCCGCAACGGGAGGGUCAAGCAGUGGUUUCUAAACAAGACCUUGGUCAUUACGUAA